AACAUGCGUCUCUUGCCCCACUUACAUCACUUUGCAUCCACACCACACCAACAAAUACAAAUAAUCUCUUCAAACCAACAAACCUCAUCUUCUCUUGCUUCCCAUUCCCAUCACUCAUAUACCCACAAAAGCACAAUAUUUUUUUCUGCUUUCUUUAAGCUAAAAAUGUUGGAAUCUUUGUUUAUUCUCAUGGAUUUUCAGAUACCCAUCAAGAAUAUCAAAGGGUCUGCUUAUGAUUCUGAUAGUUAUGUCGAUGGUAAUCGUAAAGGUAACAACUUGGUCUCUGAAAAUGGGAUUUUCGAAUUUGGGUUUUUCGAGAAAGAUGGUGGCGAAUUCGUAGUCGAGAUUAGGUACAAUUUAGGUCUCAAAACAGCAAAUUUGCCUGUUUGGACUGUUGGUGGUGGUGUUAGGGUUCCAAUCAAUUCUACAUUGAAACUUUCCAUGGAUGGGAGACUGAUCUUGUUCGAAAACCCUAGUAAUUCCAUAGUUUGGAGUAGUAAUACUUCAAAUUCAGGAGUUGAAUCCGUCACCCUCUUGAACAACGGCAAUCUGGUUCUAAUCGACAGUCAAAAUACAGUCAUUUGGGAAAGCUUUCACCGGCCGACCAACACCUUGCUCCCCGGCCAAUUUCUCCAGUACCCACAAAACCUCCGACCCCCUUCCACAAAAUCGAUUACCAGUUACUACACAUUUGUAAUCCGUCCAGAAGGGAUCGCUUUAAUGUGGGAAAGCAACAUCACUUACUGGAAACCCAAUUUGAGCACUUCACGUGCAACAAUCAAAGAAGUUCGAUUCGAUUCAAAUGGCGUUUUGGGUCUAUACGAUAAUAGUAAUAAAGUUAUUUGGUCAAUAUCAAGUACCGAUUUUGGUGACACUUCUGUGAAUUUAAGGCAUCUUAGAAUCGAUCAAGAUGGGAACUUGAGAAUAUAUUCAUGGAAUAAUGUUCUUCGUUCUUGGAAAGUUGGUUGGCAAGCUGUAGAAGAUCAAUGCAACGUGUUUGGUUCUUGUGGGUUAUACAGCGUUUGUGGGUAUAAUUCCACCGGCCCCAUUUGUGGUUGUUUGUAUUCCGAUUCCGUAGACGAGGGGAAUUCCAUUCCUUCAUCUGAUUCCGGUUCCGGGUGCAAGAAAAUGGUUGAUUUAGCAAACUGUAAACAUCAUACAAGCAUGUUGUUAAUGAAACAAACCGUUCUCUAUGGAUUAUACCCUCCUCAUGAUAUCGAUAUGAUGUUGAGUGAAGAAUCUUGUAAAGAAUAUUGCUCAAAUGACACCACGUGUUUAGCACUAACUUCAAAGAAUGAUGGGUCGGGUUUAUGCACUUUGAAAAGAACCGGGUUUAUUAGUGGAUCUACAGGCCCUUCAAUCCCUUCAACUUCAUUCUUGAAGGUUUGUUUAGUCCCACAGGCGGUUGCCACCAAGGGUGGCAACCCUAAUGCCGCCCCUAAAUCAAUAUCUUUCCCAUUUCAAGGUAACUAUAGAAAGGUUAUAGGGGCAAUUGCUUUUGUAAUUUUAGUGACAGUUUCGGUUAUUUUAGGGAUUCAGAUGUUUACCCUUUUGUUUGUUUAUCAUAAAAGGCGAAAAAACUCUGAGAAGAUAGUUAUAGGGGCUAAAACAAACCUUAAUAAUAUUGCACUUGUUCGAUUAUCUUUCAAGGAAGUGGAAGAACUCACUUCGGGAUUUUCAACUCCUCUUGGGUCUUCAGUGUUCAAAGGGGUACUACCGGAAAAAAUGGCAGUGGUGGUGAAGGUGGUGGAGGGAACGGUGGUGUCGGAGAAGGAUUUUGUGAAGGCGACAGCAGUCUUGGGUGGCACCCACCACCGGAAUUUAGUGUCUGUAAAAGGGUUUUGCUUUGAGCCGAAACAGAAGGUGGUGUUAAUUUAUGAAUAUAUCUCAAAUGGGUCUGCUGACAAAUGGGUAUUUGAGGAUCAAAUUGAAAGAAAUUGGCAAAAAAGAGUUGAUAUUGCUCUUGGGGUUACACGUGCUCUUGCGUAUCUACACACUGAAUGUCAAUUAUGCAUUCCUCAUGGAAAUUUGAAGCUUGAAAAUGUGUUGUUUGAUGAAAGAAUGGUUCCAAAAUUGACCGAUUUUGGGAUUAAAAGUUUUUUGUGUUCAUCUUCAUCGUCUUCAUCAAACCAGUCUCCAUCAGAGGAAGAUAUUUACAUGCUUGGGAAACUGUUGAUUGAGAUUGUGUUGUGUGGUAGGGAUGCAGCAGGAGAUUAUAGUUUGGAUCAAGUGAUGGAGAAAGUGAUUAUAGAACAGAAGUAUUUAGAUAAUGAGGAUUUGAGUGGAGUUGAAAGAGUGGUGAGGAUAGCUUUGUGGUGUAUGCAAAAUCAGCCAUUUUUGAGACCUUCGGUUGGUGAAGUGAUGAAGGUGUUGGAAGGUACUCUUUCUGUUGAUAGACCACCAUCGAGUUUUGCUUAUAGAUAUGGUGAUGAUACGGAGAAGGAAGUUGUUGUAGGGGAAAUAGAGUCGGGAUCUUAGAGGGUAGUUUUGUACUUUCACCUAGCCUUGGUUUCUAAGAAUAGAUGGUAGCCCCAAGCAAAGUUGGUUACGGGCGGUAUGCUUGUGGGCAAUGUGCUAUUAUGCCAACCACUUUGGAGACUAUUGUGUAUCUGAUUUACAUCUCACAUUGCUCCUAGAAUAAGACAGUGUGGAUCAGUUCAGGGUUGUUGGAAGAAUAACUUUCAGAAACUCUAGAUGGUAGUUUCCUAGCUUUUAACUUAUGGGGUUCAAUUUUUUUGUAAGACGAACCCCAGAUGAAUAUGAAGCUUAGAAGAAGCGUAGGUAAUGUUCAAAUCUUUCAAUAAAAUUUUCUAAGAUCAUGUUCAUGGUUUUUUUUUGAAAUGGUGAAGGGUUCAAGUUAGCUAAUAGUUAUAGUUGUGGGAUUUUCAAAUCCAAUGUGAGUUGGCUUCUUAUUUGUCCGGCUCUUAUGUCAGACUUUUGUAUACCUGAUUUAUAUCUCUUGGAGGCGUUGUGGGUCUGUUUAGUUGGUUGUUGGAGGGAUAACUCUUUUGCAAGAAUGUAAAAUAUUCAACUUUUGGUUUAAAAUUAAAGUAAUUUAAUCAAUCUUAUAAGCAAGAAUCA